AUGGGAGUGGACAACCGCCACAACGAAGACCGGAAGGGUCGGCGCAAGGAGCCCAAGAGCCAGGACAUGUACCUGAGGCCGUUGGUCAAGCGGUACAGGUUUCGGCCAGAAGAACAGCUCCGCUGUCCACCAAGCGGUGCUCAAGGGGCUGCUCAUGAGGCGCACCAACCGGCCGCCGCUGCCCUUUCCCGGAUGACCCGCAGGAUGAAGCGUCCUGGCCGGAGGGCAAACCGCCGCGGCUGGAGGGACGAUCGCUGA